GCCACCACCUAUAAAUAUGCGCCCGCAAAUCCGCCGUUCCCAGAGAAAAAACCACUCAAACACAAUUCAAGCAGGACCCAAGGCAGCAACAGCAUCCCGGGCUCAAUCAAUCUUCAAGUGAUCAGAAUUCCGAACAAGAUGUGCCCAAUCAAGAGGGAGAUGAGCGCCGAGUCGUCGGGCUCCCCGUGCAGCUCAGCCACGCCCUCGACCUCGUCGGAGCAGCACCAGACGGUGUGGACGUCGCCGCCGAAGCGGCCCGCGGGGCGGACCAAGUUCCGGGAGACGCGGCACCCCGUGUUCCGCGGCGUGCGGCGCCGGGGCAACGCCGGGCGGUGGGUGUGCGAGGUGCGCGUGCCGGGCCGGCGCGGCUGCAGGCUCUGGCUCGGCACCUUCGACACCGCCGAGGGGGCCGCGCGCGCGCACGACGCCGCCAUGCUCGCCAUCGCGGGCCCGGGCGCGUGCCUCAACUUCGCGGACUCGGCGUGGCUGCUCGCCGUGCCGGCCUCGUACGCCAGCCUCGCCGAGGUGCGCCACGCGGUCGCCGAGGCCGUGGAGGAGUUCCAGCGCCGGGAGGCGCUCCCGGAGGAGGAGGAGGAGGACGCGCGCUCGGCCACGUCCUCGACGCCGUCGUCCCCUGCCAGCGACGACGGCAGCGCCACCGACGGCGAGGGGUCCUCUGACUCCUCCCCGGCCACCGGGGCCUCGCCGUUCGAGCUGGACGUCUUCAACGACAUGAGCUGGGACUUGUACUACGCGAGCUUGGCGCAGGGAAUGCUCAUGGAGCCGCCGUCCGCGGUCAUGGAGUUCGGCGACGCCAACAUCAUCGAUGUGCCACUCUGGAGCUACUAGAACCGAUGCCGCUGAGCCUGGGCUUAGUUUGCCCUUUUCUUUCACUUGGCCUCGGACGCCAUUUCUUUUGGCAAUGAGACAGAGGAUUUUGGCAAAGAGAGAGAGGAUGUUGAGAAAACAGAGCAAAACAGAGCAUGCCCAUUUGACGACUUGCAAAAACAUUCAAACCUACUGACGCUUAAGUUAGUGGUUGACCUUGAAUUUGUCAACGCCCCACAUUCCGUUGACCCUGAAUUUCCAGGCUUUGUUUGUGAACUCAAAUCCAAAAAAAAAGGGCGAAGGUGAUGUGAGAAUCUGCUUGAGUACACAACGGAAAACAAGGGCGAUCAUGCCCAUACAGCCCAUAUCUCGUUGACGGUCAGUCAGAACUCAGAACAUUCAUGUCACAGCCCUGAAGCUACCUGCAUACAGUUUGCAAUGUCACGUCAAAAGUGGACCGUGAUACGAAAAGGAAAGAGGAAAUUCCAGCAGCAAAAAUGGAUGCCCGCUUUGUUCGGUUAUCUGUAAAAUAAAGGUUUCCUGAAACUGCCUGCUGUUCACUUUCCAUGCGCCGUCGAUGUCCAGUGUGACAGUAACAUGGUGGUUUGCCCAAAUUCACAGCAUAACAAUCAGAGAGUCCAUCGGCACUGCUGUAACACCUCUAAUCACAGCUUAUGUUUCCGGCGAUUGUUUUUGUCGCGUUCUGGUACUGCACGUUUCACGUGCAGUGGCAUAUACGAUCGCAGUAAGCAAAGCCCUCUGGUUUCUUUUUUACACUCAGGGUAUGUUUAGAUCACUUUGUAUUUUGCAUUUUUUAUUUUUGGAAGAAAAUUUUUAAUAUUUAAAA